UUUUGUAAUAGGUAGUAAUGAAGUAUUAAAGGUAGUUUCAUUACUAAACUGUGCUGGAUGUACGUGAAAUUCGUGAAGUGUUUUUUAGCGUAACUAAACAUAUGAAAUGGCUAACCUUACGUCAUGCAUACUAAAAAUUAUUAUCUUAGUGUUAAUGAACUUACUUAUCUUCGUUCUAUACAAUUGCAAUUACAAUGAAUUACACGUGACAAAUAGGUAUGUUAUGAAACUAAAAACAACUGGAAAACAAUUGAAACCUGAAGACCAUAAUCGAAUUGUCGAAGAAUAUUUUAGUAAGAGAAAGGAAUGGAAAACAUCCAUGCUGGGCUCGAUUUUAUUUCAAAAUCAAACCCAUUUUACACCUUCGAGUAAAAGUUAUCUUAUAUUAAUAUGGAAGCAUUGGCAUUGGUUGAAAAAUCGUCAUGUCUAUUACUUUGGAGAGAAACCACACGACCCAUUCAAAGAAUGCAAUGUGAAUAACUGCCAAUUCACGGGCAAAGAUGAAUUACUUGACACCGCUGAUGCAGUUGUAGUACAUUUACAACGAGGCUUGCUUCCAAACGUCACGCAAAGGAAUCCGCGGCAAAGAUGGAUAUUCCUUAACGAUGAAGCUCCACCUCAUGUCUACUCGGUCUCUGAAUCGCCAUCAAUACCUCAACUAGCUAAUGUUUUCAACUGGUCCAUGACUUAUAGAACAGACGCAGAUGUUCCUGUACCUUAUGGAAGAACUGUAGCACUGACGAAGCCUAAAUAUCUCGACCCUUCAUAUACCAACAUAGCAAAACUAGUGCCAAAUUGGAAGAUCAAGACGCGUCAUAACUUAAUAACUGUUCUGAUGUCCCAUUGCUCUGUGUCACACCGAAUGAAAUAUUUGAAUACAUUGAAAAAAUAUAUUGACGUACAAGUACAUGGUCGAUGUUCGGAAAAUCAAGAAAUUGUAUGUCCUGGACACUAUACAUCGAAUUGUGAAAAGAUAGACCAGUAUUUGUUUUACUUAGUAUUAGAAAACGCUAUGUGUCGUCAAUACAUGACGGAGAAGCUCUUUUACAACGCAUACGAAAAAGGCGCCAUACCUAUUAUAAGAGGACCACCAUUACAAGAUUGUCAGGCGUUGCUACCUCCGAAUUCUUUCAUCCACGUAGACAACUUUCUUACACCAAGCGAUUUGGCUGUAGAAAUAAUUAAUAUAAGUAAAGAUGAUAAAAAACUACUGUCUUAUCACCUCUGGAGGAAUCAUUUUAAGGUUGUAAACGAACAUGGGUAUUUUGGCACCAAAUCCGUUCAUUUGUGUAGGCUAUGUGAAGCGAUGAACUAUAAUGAUGAAAGAGAAAAGAUAUAUGAUGAGGAUGACAUAAGGUUGUUUUUUGAUGAAGAUAUUUUAUGCAGUACACAACGGAAUUCCACAAAAUUAGACAGUCAGUUGGUAAUAAACAAAUAAAGUAAUGAAACAGGUUAGGUUAGGCUAUAGAAUUCGAAUAAUUUUUUUGAUUACGAAUGUUUAGAAUAGAUAUAAUGACUAAUGAGAGAAGUAUACAUUUUUUUUUUAUUUAUUUCCACAUUUUAUCGUAUUAUUUAUUACACCUACCUACAUUCUUUAUUUCUGCAUCACCUAAAUGUUGCAGAGUAGAGAAUGUCUUCGGCAUUAAGUCCGCUUUUAUACAUCAAAGUAUCAAAGUUUGUAAAUAAAUAAAUAUUGAGGUAAUAUCAUAUAUUUAAGAUUUGCUAGAAUAUAUUUAUUGCAAAUUGUACGACACAAAAUAAACAAUUUCAUAUCAUUAUAUAUUUUUAUUCCCAUUUCGCCUAAUUCUUAUUAUUCUCUGUCGCAUUGUUCAUAGAUUAACCCCGCAUUUCGAAACCCUCAUUUCAUUUGAUAAAAACGUUUUGUCCCUAUUAAAUUUUCUACAAUUUUAGAUAAAUUGAAUUAAAUAUUAUCUUUGUUCGCACAAGUAGACGCAGUCCGCAAAUCAUUUCCAACAGUUUCGAAAGUUCCACCGAGGGUUUCUUCGUGAGAUAUAUAAAUCCAGUGCUCAUUGAGUAAUAAAUUUUGACGCAUUGUUAUUCAGAAGGAGAAUAGUCGGUUUGAAUUUAUGAUACAAGUUUGUUUUUAUUACUGUCCUAUACCCAAACGGUUUUAAACAACGUUUAACUUGAAGGAGUUGAAGGAAGGUAAUUUCAAUAGGGAGACGUCCACGCGAUCGAAAAUUAAACAAGGUGUUAUUCGCGACUCCGCUCGCAUGAAAAUAUCAGUCGGCACAGAAUAUCGCACCCUUAGAACUAAAGUGACCUAACUCAAAAUGUUUCUAUUUUCUGAUUUUGUUAAAAAAGGACCUUCCAAAGCAUGCUCUAUAAACCUAUGAUGAGAAAAAGACAAAAUUAUAGAAUAGAAACGGAAAACUUUCGUCGCAAGUCGCGUAUGCCCAAUUGACUGUCUUUUAUAUUGCUUUCAAAUCUUUUUUAUUUGUUUCCUACAAAUCAUCUUUUUGAGAUAGGUCAUCUUAGUUUAAAGGGUGCGAUAUAAUACAAAAGGAAAGACUACGUAAUAUGUUUACUACAUAAAGUUAUAAAAUGUUCCAAAUAUAUCUUGAAACAAAAAUAAUUUACUUAGUAACUACAUUGCAUGUGAAGAAUUCGUCGCUCUCCGUAGCCUUAUC